AUUUAGUCAUUGUUUACAUUUAAUCGCAUAUCUAUAUAAGACGAACAAAAUCAAGAAUUUAAGUAUUGAAAUAAAUAAUCAGUAAUCAGUCAGUAAUAAUACAAUCAGAAAAUAAUGCAAGCAUUUCCUAUUAAAUGUGUUGUUGUUGGAGACGGGUGUGUUGGCAAAACUUGUUUAAUGAUGAUGUACUCACAAGAUGCUUUUCCUGAUGAGUAUAUUCCAACAGUGUUUGAAAGUUACCAAGCUAAUGUGCGAGUAGAUGACCGUGUAUGUUGUAUAAGUUUAUGGGACACGGCAGGUCAGCACGAGUACGACCGACUUAGACCGCUCGCUUAUCCACAAACAGAUGUCUUCCUGGUAUGUUUUUCCAUUGACUCAAGAGACAGUUACGAAAAUGUUAAACAAAAGUGGUACCCAGAAAUAAGACACCACUGUCCUCAUACGCCAAUAGUACUGGUUGGAACAAAAACGGACUUGAGAGAUAUUAAAGGAAAUGGGAAAAAAGUGAGAAGUACCCUUGUUGAGGGCAGAGAUUUGGCACAUAAAAUCAAAGCUGUGAAGUAUGUAGAAUGUUCCUCUAAGACAGGGCAAAAUGUCAAGCUGGUUUUUGAUGAGGCCAUCAGAGCUUGCUUUUCACCACACAUUCAUAGGAAUAGGAAUCCAAUAUGUAAAAUAUUUUGACGAAAAUUACAGACAAAAACAUGUGUUCAUUGAUAUUGAAAGGAAGAUAGAAGAAGAUUAUGGUUGUUUUGACUACAAUUAUAGAAAUACGAGAGCAGAUGAUAUAUAACAUUGUGCAUAUAUAUACAUGUCUCCCUGUUUGUGAAAUGGGUCAAUUGGAAAUAGUACAAUGGCAUAACAAAUAACACAGGUCUGCGAGUCAAGAGUGUGCCUGGCAUAAUAAACGGGUCCAGAAAAAAAAGUAGAAUAUCGUCACGUAACAUUUCCAGUUUAAUAUGAAUACAAAUACGAACCAAUCAACUGUGAACAUUUUAUCUUGUUAAGCCACUUGAAUCAUUUAUCAUUCUCCCUAUAAUGUAAAAGAAAUACCCACGUGAACGUUGAAAUGAUUCUACAAUAUUGUAUGAUGUAAAAAUAUAUAAACAUUCAAUGUCGUUCUUUGUUUACAUCACUUGUUAUCUUUUUUUAAAAACUAGUCAAAAAAAUAAAAGCUGCAAUAA